CAAAUAUAUAUAUAGAAAGUUGAAAACAAACAUAAGGUCCAAUAAAUUAAGUGCAUCUUACUAAGACAUCUUUUACUCUAAAAUUUCAUUAUUUACAAGCUCUAACUCAGCUUUGCUUCUCGCUCUCUAUGAUUCUAAACAUACUACUAACGCUCACACUUCUUAUGGGUCGGGUUAAAUCCGACCCGGACCCGCUCCAAGACUACUGCGUUUCUCCUCCUCCUUCAUCUCACCAACAAAUCUUCCUCAACGGCAAACUUUGCAAAGAUCCGACACAAGCCAGCGUCUCUGACUUUUCAACAUCCGCAUUAUCCAGACCCGGAAACACUAAGACCAAACCGUUUAUGAUCAACGUCACUGUGACCACAACCGCCAACCUCCCAGGUCUAAACACAGUGGGCCUUACAAUGGCCAGGCUAGACUUCGGAGGCUCUGGUGUUGUCCCACCGCACGUGCACCCACGCGCCUCCGAAGUGACAGUCUGCCUCGACGGUGUCCUUCUCGUCGGGUUCGUGGAUACGUCGGGUCGGGUCUUUACGCAGGAGCUUCAUCCGGGUGAGACAUUCGUGUUUCCCAAAGGUUUGAUCCAUUUUCUAUAUAACAUUGAUACGGUGAGCUCAGCUUUGGCAGUCUCUGGGCUGAGUAGUCAGAAUCCUGGGACUCAGAUUGUAUCUUUGUCGUCUUUCAUUUCAAAGCCUCCGUUUCUGGUAGAGGUUUUGAAGAGUGCUUAUGAUAUCAACGGCCAGGAUGUUGCUAGGAUCCGCAAAAGUCUUGAAGGCUAAAAAUGCUAAAAGCCUAAAACUAUAUAUAACUACAUGGCCAACCAAUAACUAUAUACAAAUGUAUAUGACUAACUCAAAACUAUAUUAUGACAACAACAAAAAAAAACGUAUAAACAAUAAAAUGUCACUAAAAAAGGCUAUACACUCAAUUCCGAAUUGAGUUUUUCUGCAAUUCUUUAGCUAUCUUGUUAACUAUGAAUGUUUUUGGAAUGUGAACGAUUUAUGAUCCAUAGAACUAUGUAAAGAGCAUUAAAUUAGUCUGGUAAAUAGCAUCGUUCUCCUCCAAAUUUAUUAAAAUAACUUCUUAUGGCAUGCUCUAGAUUCUGAUUAUACAUUUAAAAAAACUUUUUCCACAUGUACAUGUUUCUUUUUACUUAUUACGUUCGUUCAUUUGCUCGGUUUCUAGUUUCUACUCAUAGAUUAACUCAUAAAGAGAGGCAUAAUUUUUUUCUGUCAUUGUGCUGUUUUACGAGGAUAACACGACCAUUUCCCCAAUAUCUACUUUAAGAUUAUAUCUAUACACAUUUCUUUUACAUUUUAAAUGGUUG